AUUGAUUGGGGUGUGUGUGCGCUGGUUAUGUACUCAACUUCGCUUUUGAUAUGGCUGUUGAGGUGCAAUCAAGAGGAGGCGGAGACGGAGACGGAGGAGGAGGAGGAAAAGGAGGGAUUGGGGUUGGAGAAGGAGAACUCACCACCAUGGGAAAUUCUCCUCUGAAAGCUUCAUAUGAGCCACUCCAGACAGACCAACUCCCCAUCACCACUGCUACCACAGCCAGUCCGGAAGCAAAGAAACUGAAGCUCAUCCCACUUAUCUUUCUCAUCUACUUCGAAGUCUCUGGGGGUCCGUUCGGAGAAGAGCCGGCCGUGCAGGCCGCCGGGCCACUUUUCGCUAUUCUGGGGUUCAUGAUAUUCCCUCUUAUCUGGUCCAUCCCGGAAGCUCUCAUCACCGCCGAGCUCGCCACCACAUUCCCUGGAAACGGCGGGUACGUCAUAUGGGCGAACCGUGCUUUCGGUCCCUUCUGGGGAUCCCUCAUGGGUUCGUGGAAGUUCCUCAGCGGCGUCAUCAACAACGCUGCCUACCCUGUCCUUUGCGCCGAUUACUUGAAGUUGGUCUUGCCAAUCUUCUCUUCUGGUUUACCUCGCUACCUUGCUAUUAUCUUAUCGACGGUGCUCUUAUCUUUCCUUAAUUAUACUGGACUGACCAUAGUCGGAUACACCGCCGUUGUUCUUGGUUUAAUCUCUCUCGCGCCCUUCCUCCUAAUGGUCGUGAUCUCGUUGCCCAGAAUUCGUCCUCGCCGGUGGCUCAGUCUGGGCUCUGGAGGGUUAAAAAGUAAAGACUGGAAUUUGUUCUUCAACACGCUGUUCUGGAACUUGAAUUUCUGGGAUAACGCAAGCACCUUAGCCGGAGAAGUCGAUCGACCCCAGCAGACGUUCCCGAAAGCGCUCUUCUCGGCUGGCUUCCUCACUGUUUUGUGCUACUUGCUCCCUCUCUUAUCCGCAACGGGUGCUCUCCCUUUAGAAAAAUCCAGUUGGGCUGAUGGGUUUUUGGCCGACGCCGCCGGAAUGAUCGCCGGAAAGUGGUUGAAGUUCUGGGUCGAAAUUGGCGUUGUCCUAUCUGCGAUAGGACUCUUCGAAGCCCAAUUGAGCAGCUCCUCUUUCCAGUUUCUGGGAAUGGGCGACCUCGGUUUCUUGCCCCGAUUCUGCGCAGCCCGAUCAACCUGGUUCAAUACGCCCUGGGUCGGUAUCUUGGUCUCGAGCGCGAUCACGCUUGGAGUAUCGUUCAUGGACUUCACCAAUAUAAUAGCGUCGGCGAAUUUCCUGUACAGUUUGGGGAUGCUACUGGAGAUAGCAUCCUUUAUCUGGCUGAGACGGAAGUAUCCAACACUGAAGAGGCCGUAUAAGGUUCCGGGAGGGAUGCCGGUAGUGAUUCUUAUGUGUUUGGUACCAACUGGGUUUCUCCUCUUUGUAAUGGCGAUCUCGAAGAAGAUUGUUUUUGUGCUGAGUGCUUCGCUGACUGCAUUUGGCAUUGCGUUAUACUUCGUUAUGAAGUUCAUUAAAGCUAAGAGGUGGUUUGAGUUCAACAAGGCGUAAGAUGAAGAUGAGAUUACAGUAGGUUGAAUGGGUGUUGAGUCUUUUGAUAAUUAUCUCGCUCUGGGUAAUGUUGUAGAUCAGUAGAAGUCUUUAUUAUUAUUAGGAUUAGUAUUUGCAUUAUAAUGGGCAUUUGGUGAGGAUUGAGAAGCAUGAGAGGGUGAUAAGGUUGCAACUGUACAGAAUUUCAGAUAAAGGAAACUGAAAUUGGGUGAUUGAGUGACUGGCUUGGGGGGAUAUGGGUAGGAAGAAAUCUUCUGGUUUACUGGGAGUUGUAGGUGUUUCUUUUCUUGCAGUGUAUAUAUAUUAUUUUCAGUUUUGAGCAA